AACCAAACAGAAAGUGAUGUUCCUCCUAUAGAAGAACAGAUAGUAAAACCCAAAAAGGAAACCACACCAUCUUCUCGAUGGUCAACUGCAGCUGUAAGGAUGUUGCAACCUCCACCAAGUGUUUUAGUAAAGCGCCAAAAUGUUAAAGUUUCUAAACCUGUUGUAAAAGAAACCAAAAUAGUAGUCUCUGAAGAAGAAAAUGAGAAAGACUCUGAGCACUCGAUAGGGGAUAACAAACCACCGAAAGAAGAGGAAGGGGAGGAAGAUUUCAAAGCACAGCAACUGGAAGCAGUUGUAGCUACUGGAAGAAGUGCGUAUAUUGUGGACGAGUAUGAUCCUCAUAGACCGAAUGAUUUUGAAACGUGCUUGCAAGAAAGAGAAUGGAGAAAGGCGCAACAAGUCGUCAAGUCAAGUCUUGGUUGAGAAAGUACUUAUUAUAACUGUUUUGUUAUUGUUUGGGAAUACAAAUAAAACUAUCUUUGUACAAAAGUGGUUGAUAUUUUAUAAAUAUGAGUUUUAUGUCAAUAGCCAUUAUGAAAUGCUGGGCAAAGUAAGAAAAGAAGAGUAAUGAUG